AUGCGGCAGACCAACGUGCGACAGACCAACGUACAGCAGACCAACCUACAACAGACCAACACACGACAGACCAACAUGCGACAGACCAACGUACCAACGUACAACAGACCAACGUGUGACAGACCAACGUGUGACAGACCAACGUACAGCAGACCAACGUACAACAGACCAACAUUUGACAUACAAACAUACGACAGACCAACGUGUGACAGACCAACGUACAGCAGACCAACGUACAACAGACCAACAUUUGACAUACAAACCUACGACAGACCAACGUGUGACAGACCAACGUGUGACAGACCAACGUACGACAGACCAACAUACGACAGACCAACAUACAGCAGACCAACGUGUGACAGACCAACGUGUGACAGACCAAUGUACGACAGACCAACGUGUGACAGACCAACAUACGACAGACCAACGUACAGCAGACCAACGUGUGACAGACCAACGUACAACAGACCAACGUACAACAGACCAACCCUAGCGGUGGAGGGCAGACAGCGGGCAGGAGGAAUUUUCAUCACCGGGGAGAUCACGGAGGAGAUCGGUCAUCAGCUGACGGUGCCCACACGAUACAACAUGCUUAAGCCCUACUCAGUGUUUCAGCUGAACUGA